GUGGAGAGCGACCAUAUUGCUGCUAUCGGCGGAGAUAGGGUUGUUUCCCCCCCCCCGUAAGGCCUAUCGGACGCGGUUAUUUUUGCUUUUGUUCAUGUUUGGAAUAACCGUGGACGUGUGCGUGUCUUGGACUGAAGCUCGGUUCGUCUAGGAGCUAGGAGUGCCACACUCCCGCCGAACAACUUCACUUUUCCCCUUCGAGCGUAUUCGGACUGGGGGGGGGAGGAGGAGAGGACUGGUAAUCUCGAAGGGGGUGGGAGAACCACGGCGCUUGCAAAUGGCCACUCAGGUGGAGGCUCUCCUGCCGGCCAACGCGCUUAUCAAAGCGGAGGAGCGGGGCAAAGUGAGACACGGCGAACCGGAGUCGGAGCUUGAGGUCGACGGGGCCAAGCGGGGACGGGCGGGGAGGGUAUGUGAGGAGGAGGAGCUGGAGCCCGGCAGCGACAACGCAAACAGGCUCGGAGUGAACCCCGGAAACUCCAUGCGGGACACGAAGGAGAACGAGGAGGGCUUUGACAGCGAGGUCAAAGCCGACGAGGACGACGGUAAAAGCCGGAAGGACCUUACGGAGGCCCCCCCGCCCAAGGUGAACCCGUGGACUAGGAAAAUGAACGCCGUGACCGUGGUCAGCGUGAACGGACAAGCACAUCACGAGUUGACCGGUCCCGCCAGGGUGGUGAGAGCAGGCAACCCCCCCAAGGCCAGACGUGGAGGCAAGGUCGGAGACUUUGGCGACACCAAUAGUUGGCCCACCCCGGGGGAGAUCGCAACGAAAGACAUGCAGAUCGAGGCAGUGACACGGACCGUGUCCUGCCCACCGACUGUCAGGCAGGGCAAAGACUCGUGGAGAUCCACUGCCCACAAGAAGAUAUCCACCAAGAAGGAAAGCAAGGAGAAGCGCGAGAGCAACGAGGAGAGCAAGGAGAACCUCAAGACCAACAAGUUGGACGACUCUGGGGAGGAAAAGAACGGAGACGACGAGUCCCACAAGAAUGGCCAGAAGAAAAAAGGAAACAAACAGAAGUGGGUUCCGCUGAUGAUCGAGGGGCCCCGGGAGCGUUCGGCUUCCCGCAACAACAGCAGGCAGAACGAAAACCCUCGCCUGCCGCCCAACGCCAGGAACGACCUGCGAGACUGGCACAGUCAGAAGUACGAGCGGGAGUGGCGCGACGACCACGACGAGGUGUCCAGCGUCAAGAGCGAGGGGGCGCCGUUCCGCGGCGGCGGCUUCAGGGGACGCGGGCGCGGCCGAGGGAGAGGCAGGGGACGGGGGAGAGGCAGAGGCCACUACGACUACCACCAAGGCUACAAGUCGUACAACACGAAAGACGCCCCCUACGGGCAGAAAUUCAGCAACUCGGUCACCUACUACUACGACAACAUGAGCAGCAGCGACUUGUACUCGGUGGACCAGGACCUGCUGAAGGACUACAUCAAGAGGCAGAUCGAGUACUACUUCAGCCUGGACAACCUGGAGCGGGAUUUCUUCCUGCGGAGGAAGAUGGACCAGGAAGGCUUCCUGCCCGUGGGACUCAUCGCCAGCUUCCACCGCGUUCAGGCCCUCACCACCGACGUCGCCGUCAUCCUGGAAGCUCUGAAGGACAGCAAAGAAGUGGAAGUGCUGGACAUGAAGAUCCGUCGCAAGUUGGAGCCCGAGAAGUGGCCCCUGCCGGGCCUGACGCUGCCCAACCACACCGACUUCUCCCAGCUCAUCAACUGCCCCGAGUUUGUCCCCAGGCAGCCCGCCGAGGAGGCCGCCGGGUCUCUGGGGGCCUCGAGCCUGACGCCACGCCCGCCCAGGGCCGAAUGUGACGCGCCCUCCAACCUUAAGACGAUGCCCAAGGGCCUCUCGGCGAGCCUGCCCGACCUGGACUCGGAGUCCUGGAUCGAGGUCAAGAAGAGGCCCCGACCUUCGCCGGCUCGACCCAAGGUCAGCCCGGAGAAGCAGCAGAGGGAGAAGGACAACGCCGGCCGUUUGCCGCCGCCUCAGUCCGGUUCCUCGUCCUCCCCCGCCGUCCCCGGAAAUAAGGAGAGCGGCGAGCAGGAUGAGCCCGAGGAGCUGGACUUCAUGUUCGACGAGGAGAUGGAGCAGAUGGACGGGCGGCGCAACACCUUCACCGACUGGUCGGACGAGGACUCUGACGGCGAGAUCGACGACCGCGACGUCAACAAGAUCCUGAUCGUGACGCAGACGCCGCCGUACCUGCGCAAGCACCCCGGCGGCGACCGCACGGGCCACCACACGUCCCGCGCCAAGCUCUCCAGCGAGCUGGUCAAGGUGAUCAACGACGGGCUCUUCUACUACGAGCGGGACCUGUGGGACGACACGUACGAGCCCGAGUACGCCACCAUCAAGCAAGAGGUGGAGAACUUCAAGAAGGUUCACCUGAUCAGCCGCGAACAAUUUGACUGCCUGACCCCCGAACCCCCCGUCGACCCCAACCAGGAAGUUCCCCCGGGGCCCCCGCAACCCCAUCAGAUCCCGACAGACGCCUUGGCGAACAAACUCUUCGGCGCCCCCGAACCCUCGUCGAUAGCGCGGUCGCUCCCGACGACCGUGCCCGAGUCGCCCAACUACCGCGGCGCCCGCACGCCGCGCACACCGCGCACGCCUCACCGGAAAGACGCCGCCGUGACGCCGCGCUUCUACCCCGUGGUCAAGGAAAGUCGGCCCGUCGACGCCAAGACCCCGAGGAAGCGCAAGACCCGGCACAGCUCCAACCCGCCCAUGGAGUGCCACGUGGGCUGGGUGAUGGAUUCCAGGGAACACCGCUCCCGAACCGCCUCAGUCAGCUCCAACGCCAGCCCCUCCGAGGGCACCCCCGCCCUGGGCAACGUGGGCUGCACGCCGCAGUCCCUGCCCAAGUUCCAGCACCCAUCCCACGAGCUGCUCAAGGAGAACGGCUUCACGCAGCACGUCUACCACAAGUACCGCCGGCGCUGCCUAAACGAGCGCAAGCGGUUGGGGAUCGGCCAGUCGCAGGAGAUGAACACGCUCUUCCGCUUCUGGUCCUUCUUCUUGCGGGAUCACUUCAACAGGAAGAUGUACGAGGAGUUCCGCCAGCUGGUGCUGGAAGACGGCAAAGAAGGAUACAGGUACGGUUUGGAGUGCCUGUUCAGGUACUACAGCUACGGUUUGGAGAAGAAGUUCCGGCCGGACAUCUUCAAGGACUUCCAGGAAGAGACCAUGAAAGACUACGAGGCCGGUCAACUGUACGGCCUGGAGAAAUUUUGGGCCUUCCUCAAGUAUUCCAAAGCCAAGGCCUUGGACAUCGAUCCCAAGCUGCAAGAGUGUCUCAGCAAGUUCAAGCGACUGGAGGACUUUAGAAUCGACCCCCCCAUGGAGGAAGGAGGCCGCCGGAGACACUCGUCCAGCGGGGACGGCCGCCGCCGCCACCCCUCGCAUCCCUCCAGUCGCCCCCACAGCCAGAACAGCAGCGGCUCCAGCCCCCCCGCAGCCGCCGCCGCCGCCAAGGACGACGCCAAACUUGACACCAAGACGCUCAAGGUUAAGGAAUGAGGGCGAAAAUAUAUCAUGAUGUGCUUGAAGAGGAUGAGUUACAUUUGGGAGAUUGUUUUUUUUUCUUAACGAGGCAAGCAAGCAAUGAGGUGUCAAACACGCAUUUUUCUUUGCACAUCGUUGCCAGUCCACCAGGUGGAUGUUUUUUUUUUUUUUUUUUUUUUUAAUGGUUAUCCAACCACAAUUUUUGUUUCCGAGGAUUGAAUUACAUAUCUUUUUUUUUUUUUUUUUUAACGGGUGUGGGGAGUGCGGCAUCCAGAGACAAUUUUCCGAAGCGCACGUACGAUGUCGACGACAUCCAAGCGGACCAAAGCGCCUUCGAAAAAAAUAUUUGAUUUGCUGGAAUUUUUUUGGGGGGGGGGGGGUGAAGAGGAGGAAAAUAACCAAAUGCUUCAAAACGAAUAUAGAAGAGGUGGACGAAGAGACUUGGUUUGAGGAGUUGCCUUAUCUUGAAUGCUUUUGAAGUUGUUGUUCCCCCCCCCCCCCCCCCUUCUGAGCACGUCUUGCCAACUGCUUGAAUCGUCUUCCCAGUGUCAUUUGGGUCCUGUUACGAGUGCUGCGAGUCCCACCUUGGCUUUUGUCGCCUGGCUUUGUUCGUGCUUAAGCGCAUCCGCGUUCCAUUGGAGGAGUCCUGGACCUUUUGAGGGGGGCGUGGGCAGGGGGGGAGGUAGGGACGACGUUUCCUGAUAAUUGUUUUCGUACACAUCCCAUCCAUGAGCUUCAUCCAUCCAUCCGUCAAGGACUGGAAGAAUCAAUAAAUCCGGAUUACUUGAAGAAACAGGAAGUGACACAGGUGCUCUGGGCGGAUAUUUUGGCGGAAGGGGGAGGGGGGUCAUCCUCUUCCUGUUUGACUGACACCCCCCCGACCCCGCACCCUCCUCCACACACACACACACACGGACGGACGGCUCCAUGUCUGUGGCCAAGUGGACUCCUCGCGGACGCCCUCCCAUCAAAAUGUAAAUGUGAACUCGAUCGAUGAAGAAGAGAACUUUUUGCCGGAUGUAUUUUUUGCCUUACACGUGUACGUACUCCUUAACUUGCUAAUGCUUCUGGAUUCUUGGGGGGGGGGCAAGGAGGUAGCAUAUGUUUGUGUGACAUGGGCAGGAUUCCGUGGGGGUGGGGGUGGGGGUGGUUGUUCCUUUUGACAUCUGGAACAUUGAAUGUGUAUUUAAAUCGACAAAAGGGAACGGAAAAAAAAAAAGCUCAAGCAAAUUUUGUUUCAUGUUGAAAUCUCUUAAAUUUCCCUGUUCCCUUUUUUUUUUUUUUUUUUUUUUUUUAAUUGAUUGGCACCUCCACCACAACUGGAUUCAAUUUUCUGGGGGUUAACGUAGAGAGUCUUAAAACAUUUGUGCGUGUGUGUGUCUGUCCCAUGUCCAAAAAAAAAAAAAAAAAAGCAAUUAUUUGCCUUCUUCGUGUCUUCUGAUGUGGACGUCGCCCUCAUUUUAUCUUCCAACGCAAGCAGAGCUGGACUUCUUCCUUCCCUUCUUCAGGGAGACUCGAUGUUUGCAUCAGUGCUUUUUUUGUGGCGACUUGACGACAAAUGAGAGCCGGCAGGAGGAGUGAAAAACAAACAAAAUGGAUACAAAGAUGAAAUUGCGCUCACUGCUCCACCUCUCGGGACAUUUGGAGGAUUUCGAGGCCUUGUGGGAGUUGCCCACCCCCCUCAAAGAAACUCUAGGAGGUGCCCGCAAAAAAAAAAAACGGUGGAAGGGUGACAAAAACAAAAAACAAGCGUGUGAGGAUGAUGGCUGUUUAUGAUGUCUGCAGACUGAAAAGUACAAAAAUGUCAUAAAGCCAUAUGAAUAUAAGAAAAAAAAACUGUAUAUGAAGCGUUGAAAUUGUUCACUGCAUCACUGAAAAAUCUCUUUAGGCUUGUUAUGAGGAAAAAAAAAUGUGAAAAUGCCCGGGGG